CGCGGGAUGGACACACGAACCGCGCAUCUCACUGCCGGUACCGUUCUCCUUUCCGCGGCACUGUGUGUUCUGGGGCUAUGCGCUCUUCGUCAUGUUAGGAAUCCAUACAUGCACAUGCGACAGAUGCAAGCGCUGUUUGUGCGCCUCGACGUCGGCUUUGCACUCUACGUGCUUUUGUUCUACACCCGCGUGAUCUUCAUCGAAGAUCCUGUCUUUGAACCAAUAUCCCAAUGUCUGUUCUCAAUACUUGAGGGUGUCACGAUCUUCACGUUUUUCAACAUGAUGCUCCUCCUUGUGGGCGGUACCGCGGCCGCCGUUGGCCACAUGAAACAAAACAACGACGAAACGAACGACAACUGGCUGUUAUCGCCGUGCAAGAUAACCCUGGAUCGAUUCCGAAGUCGAAUUAUUGUGUUUGUAAUUCUGAAGCCAAUCUUGGCGGCGGUGGACGGGUGGGCCGUCAACCAACAAGCGCGUAACCCGCUUACCGAUUCAUAUCGCAUUGUGCAUUCAGCGCUUGCCGUCGUGAUGGUGACUCUCACGGUGCUGACGUUUCUCGGAGUUCUUCGAACGUACAAGGAGCUGAAGGCGCAUAUCUCUGGCUCGUUCAAACUCACGGCCAAGUUCCUCGUGGUGAAGGGCAUGCUUCUCCUCUCGACCCUUCAAUGGUCCCUCGCCAACGCCAUCGUCCGCCAUUGGACCACUUCCGAACUCUACAUGUACUCGACGAUCUGUGUGGCUGAGUCGUUGCUUCUCGCAGUUGUGUACUUCUUCGUCUUUACGGCUCAAGAACCUGAUGUUCCCCAUCUCGACUCGGACGCCGCGCCAUUUCGAGUUGCGUCAGCUUUCGCCGUCUGGGACUUAUUCGAGUACCCUGUGGGAAAGGAUGUCACGUACGCAGCUGCACUGUGAAUUUACCAAGCGCUUCAAGAUCGCCGCCGUGCGACCUCGGGGUACCUUUGAACUACUUGCCACCGUAGAGCUCCAAAACCUAAAGUAAAAGCGGUCCGCGAAAAGAAAUCAAAAAAACUAUCGACUCUAUUGCGAUCGAGGUUUGAUAAAGAAGUUUGUCGCGUGGGGGUACAGCAGCGCGACCACAGAACCAAGCGCUGUGAAGGAAACGGGGGUUGUGCAAGGAAGCGGAGGCACUUGGACACGUCGCGUGGUCGUUCUAGUCAAAGGAGCCCACGUCGGCGCUUUGGGCAGCGUGGCCUGCACUGCGCACCACAACUCGGUGGGCUCGUCUUCCAAAAUACGAGUGAUGGGCGCGCGAAAUCCAGGUCCUGCGGCCGACGUCGUAGCCAGACCAGGAGCGACGUUUCCAGAGCACUCCUGGUACACCAUCGACACGUACGUGAGCACCGACUUUUCGUCAACGUUGCCUCGGAGAUCUUCAGGGUUGAGCAAGGCGGGGAUUUGAAAGUGCUUUUCAAGCAGACCAAAAGCAGUCGCGAGGUUUUCGACAGGCGACGAUUGCUCGGUGAAGGCAACGACGUCCGGCAGCAACUCGGCGUUUAGCGCAUGGACGAGGCGAUUGCACCACAGCAGCAGCCCUACCACGAACAACAGGUCGAGCCAAGCAAUGCCAGCGAGCAAGCCAAACCCACACACCUUCCUUGCCAGACACACCGUCCACAGCAAUAUCCCCCACUUGGUAGUGCUUGAUAAUUGUCCACAUCAGGCUACGAAGGAGGCAGUCACGUGCGUCAAGGCGCGGCGGGCACGUACCCGAGAAUAAGCUUGUUGUUGCCGUCCAAAAUGUCACUUGAUCCGAUAUUCGUCACCAUCACAUUUCCCUUGGCAAGAAACCCGAACACCAUGUUCAGGUUCUCCAGUUUGUGAAUGCGGAGCCGCGGUUCCUUUGUGAAUUUCUGGCAAAAACGACCACCCAUCAUCCUUUCAUUCCAUGCAAACUCAAGUGUACCGAUGGAAACGGCGCUUCCGUGAGCGCUUCCAGCAACGCAAUCAAGACCAGUCCGUCGCUUAAGUCCGUGUACAAGUCAUCAAUGCCCUUGCCUGCUGGCAAGAACGAAUUGGCCCA